AUGGAUGCACCCGACCAGAUCCCUGUCACGCGCUUCCCAUUGCAGCAGAACCGUCGAUAUGGAGAUUUCAGCGUUCAUGGCUUCCACCAUGGUCUUGCCAUCCUCCUCGAUAGGAAAAGCGCAGAGGCCAUCGUAUGGGAUCCACUCACUGGCCAUGACCACCUUAUACCUCUUCCACCUAGGUUCGGCAGGUAUCAAAAUGGUUAUGUUAAAAACGCGGCUGUGUUCUGUGCCGCUACUGAAGAUGGACAUGUGCAUGGUGAUUGCAUUAUGAACCCAUUUAAGGUGGUUCUUAUGUGCGAUGAUUAUGAUAAAGACCAUGCACUGUGUUGUCUCUACGAAUCAGUCUCUGGUGUAUGGGGAAAUACCAUCUCACUGGCAACUACUGAUAGGAUAUGUGAUACAAGGCCCGGUGUUAUAGCAGGAAAUUCAGUUUUUUGGCUGCUUGAUGGUGGUCGCAUCCUCGAGUUAGAUUUGGAAAGGCAAAGUCUUGUUGUGAUUGAGAAGCCAUCUAAUGUUGGUUAG